GAGCUCGCAGCAACCAAUUGUAGCUUGCAGCGAUUGAGUCUGCUGCUUCUGCUGCGAUGGCUGCUGUUGUGGGCAUUGAGCCCGGCGUAGUGUAGCGGACGAUGGCCGAGGGGAGAAUUGGCACGGAGAUGGCAUCGAAUCAGCUCUUCCUGUGCUGCAGAGGUUUCGUUUGCACUGUUUUGGUAACAAUAGCUUUAUCGGCACAUUUGUGUCGGGGAGAUAGUUCCAUUGCUCACGAUGAUGUGGAUACGCCUGUGCAGCCUGGCUGCGACAACAGCUUCGUUCUGGUACGUUUCGCAUCAGGUCAGGUGUGAUUAAAUGCAGCUUGUGCGCGAGGGAGUGGAGGUGCGGCUUCGGAAUGGAUCAGUGAUGAAUUCGGGCUUCUUUGACUGUGGCAUCACUGGGGUAGGGUUUGAAAAGCGUAAAGAAGCGGGUCCGCAUUGGUGGAUCGUGUGGGCAGUGAUUAGAAUCAGCGGAAUUCAGAUGGUUUGGAUGGAUACUUGUCGCGGUGAUUUUCAAUGAUGCAAUGAAUUAACAAAAUGUUCUGCGAGGGAAACUGAGAAAUUCUUGCAUACUGCUCUGCAUUAUGUGCUGUAGAUUGUUUGGCAAGUCGCUGCGAAUUUGGAGUCGUUGAGUAGAAUUGGGAGACUGCGAGGACAGAAUUGUGUUGAUAUCGAACUGCAGCUAUGUUUCACCGUACAGUAGACUAGAUCGAAGUGUUCCUGUAUUUUGAGCGACUUCCUUGCGUAAUAUUUAUUGAAACCGAUAGACAUGUUUGGUGUUGAAUGCACGAAGCAAUUGUUGAAGUAAGGUGCAUCUGAGUUUUUGACGUCGUGGAAUAUUAUUUACUGGAAGCACAAUUAUGGAAUUAAUAUUAUUUGGUGCUGCUUCGGUUAUGCAAGACAGCUUUGAAUUGAAUGAGAGGUAUUUUUGUUGUUGUUGUGACAUAUCUUCAAUUCCUGAAGGAACCAGUGGCAUAUAGUUUAUUUAUUUUUAAAUAUUUUGAAACUUAAUUCCAUCAUGGUUGAUUCUUUAAGGUCCACACUUACUUCGCAUGUUAAAAUACGAAUUUGGACAGAUAAUCUUGAAGUUACCGAACUAGUGGGUGUAAGUGCACGUUUUGGUGUAAUAUUCACCGAUCGCAAUGUCAAGGUUGACUCUAUUCCUUUGGCGAUUCCAAGGCUUGCUCCCUCCUGCAAGACGUCCUCUAUACCGCUCAAUGGAUAUGCCGCUUUGGUGCGACGAGGCGAGUGUACUUUCACUAGGAUGGCACGAACGGUACAGGCAGCUGGUGCCAAGGCUCUUGUCGUUGUUAAUAAUGAAGAAGGAGCGAGGAGACUUUGAUCUUUCUGAUACUGAUUACGAUGCAAACAACAGUGUUGUGGACAUCAACGUUGUGUCGGCAUUCCUAAUUUUGGUCAUGGCUUCCGUCUUUUUAUUUGUGCUGUACUAUUUUAUGUCGCAGUGGUUUCUUAUUCUACUGGUCAUCUUAUUCUGUAUUGGUGGAUCUGAGAUACGGUGCCCAUCCUUGUACAUGCUCCUCAUCUUCUUUUACUUGGUAUCAAAAUCUGACUGAAAUAUCAACCAGAGUCUCUAACUUGCAUAUAAUUUCUGGGUUCUAUACGAUAUCUUGCUUUCUUCUGGGAUGGUGGCAGGGAGAAUUGCGAUUUCUAUGGAAUAAAUGGGAACAAGUUACUCCGCUCGAGGACUACAUCAAGUCGUCACAAAUCCGUGAUCAUCCUCGCAGAAGUUCAUAGUAACUGGCUGGUCAAGGUUUAACAUAGUCAAAGAAUUAGAAGGAAAUUUUUGGGAUCUCUCACUUCAUGUUUAACUUUAUUUGAAUCUAUUAAGAUCGGAUUUAACAACGGCAACGACUUGUUAGAGCGUUUGAUCUACUCAUAAUCGCAAUAUUCAUUUGAAUGGUUGCCUUAGUUUGUACAGCAUUUAUAGCUGCAGGUUCCCUGUAAUAAUAUCCUUUGACACCAGGUAAUUGAUCCGCUAAUUUGGAUACCAUAUGUUCAUGGCCAUUUGUGGCCAGCAUUUUAUGCUAUCAAUGCAAUUAGUAGUGUCCAAUAAUGUCAA